UCCAAUCACUCUCAAAUUAAUGGUCCCAUUCCCCUUCCUUCCUCCUUCCUCCUUCCUCCUUCCUCCUUCGCCAUUUAUUAUUCAAUUGUAUUCAUAAAUUAGGUAGAUACAAGUCUUCAUAUAAAUAUCCUCUCUCAGCUCUAUUCCUCUCUCGUUCUCUGCUCUUCUCUUCUGCCAUUUGAUUCACUAUUAUCCAUUUUGACAUUCCGGCUGCAAUCUUGUUUCCGAUACUCUCGCCUAAGUUAGGAUGUUCCGCGGGUGCAGAAUACCGCUCUGCGGAUGCUUCGGGAAUCCGGGCGACUCGGAUCUGGGCCCGGCCCAGGCCCGCGUCGGCGAUGAACCGGAAACCGAGCCGGAGGAGGAGAAGGAGAAGGGGGCGGCGGUGCCGCGGCGGUUCGGUUGGGAGGAGGUCGAGAUUGCCACCUCCUCGGUGGUCGGGGAGGGAGGAACCAGCACUGUCUACCUCGCUCGUCUCCCGGAUUCGUCCCUUGCCGCCGUCAAGCUACACCGCCCCAGCGAGCGCCUCCACCGCGCCUUCCGGCAGGAGCUCAACGUUCUGCUCCGCCUCCGCCACCCCCACAUCGUCCGCCUCGUCGGCUAUUGCGAUGAGCGUGAGGAAGAAGGGGCUUUGGUGUUCGAGUACUUACCGAAAGGGAGCCUCCACGAGCAGCUCCACGGAGAGGGCAGCGGAGAGGUGCUGCCGUGGGCGCGGCGAAUGGCGAUCGCGCACCAGGUGGCGCAGGCGCUGGAGUACUUGCACGACGGCUGCGACCCCCAGGUGGUGCACGGUGACGUGAAGUCCGCAAACGUGCUCCUCGAUGCGCGGAUGGAGGCGAAGCUGUGCGACUUUGGAUCGGCCCGGGUGGGAUUCUCGGCGGCGGUGGCGCCGCCCAGAUCCGGCCGGGUCAUGGUGGUGGGCUCGCCGGGAUACGUCGACCCGCACUACCUCCGGUCUGGCAUGGUCUCCAAGAAGAGCGACGUGUACAGCUUCGGGGUACUGCUGCUGGAGCUCGUCACCGGCGAGGAGGCGUUCGACGCCGAGCGCGAGCGCCGUUUAACAGCGGAGAUGGCUCCUGUGCUUCGCGAUCCGGAGGGACGGACCGCGGAGGCGGUGGACGUCGGAUUGGGCGGUGCGUACGACUUCGGAGAAGCGGCGGCGAUGCUAGCGACGGCCGCAGCGUGCCUGGGGAAUAACCCCGGCCUCCGCCCCACGAUGGCGGAGGUGGUUGGGAUGCUGCGGGCGACGGCGUCGGCGUCCAUCGCCGCCGUGGCAGCGAGGUUGGGAGGCAAAACAGAGUCAUAAAUGUUAGGGAAAUUGGCUGCCUAUUCAGUUCGUGACUUAGCUCGUAACGAUUCGCGUAUAGAUAACGAUUUACGAGAGGAUGCGAAAUUGUAUAAUAUGUAAUUCGAAAAAAUAAUAAAUUGUAUAAUGUAGUUUUUUUGGUUUAAAAGAUAUAUUCAUUUAUUGUAGUGAGAAA